UCUGUCUUAUUAUUCCUACUGUACAUUCUUUGACAAGAAUUUUUGGAGACAUUAUAUUAAUGGUAGAUAAUUUACAAUACACCCUACCACUUUCAACUUGCUUGAUAAGAAUCGCAAUUUUCUGGUGGAAAAAAGAAGCUAUCAUACCAGUCGUGAAUAUGAUCGCAGAAGAUUGGAUAAAGGUGAAAAGUGCACAAGACAGAAGUGUAAUGAUCAAAAGGGCACGGAGUGCACGCUUAAUUAUUACAUUCUCCUAUUGCAUAAUGGGAACAGGAGCCUUUUAUCUUAUCGCUUUACCUUUCUUUGGAAUAUCGAUAAGAGACACAAACAACAUUACUGAUCCAGGCAGACUACUGCCUCUACAAACUUAUUACAUUUACGAUGUAACAAACAGUCCACAGUAUGAACUGACAUAUAUUAGUCAAUCUAUUAAUAUUAUUAUGAGCAUGGUAUCCUACAGUGGAAUCGAUAAUUUUAUCGGACUACUAGUUUUCCAUAUAUGUGGCCAAUUAGAGAUUCUCAAUAACCGUUUAUCAAGUUUCGAUAAAUGUGUUAAUUCCCACGAGAUAAAGAAUUGUAUAAUAAAACACAAGAGUUUGCUUAGAGCUAUUAACGUUAUUGAAGAUACAUAUAAUGUAAUCCUUCUCAUUUUAUUCGUAUAUUUUGCAAUACUCUUCGCUUUUUAUGGUUUCCGGAUACCUACUUUACUUGACGAAGAGACUGAUACAUCAUUCUCUCAAUUGAUAUGUUUUAUAUUUACCGUAAUCAAUAUAUUCACACAUAUGUGCUUACACUGUGCUCUUGGGGAGAUUUUGGUUGCCCAGUGUAAUAAAAUAUACUACGCUGCAUACAGUAAUAAAUGGUACUCCAUGAAUCCAAAAGUAACCCACAACUUGCUACUUUUAAUGAUAAGAGGCUCCAUACCGGUCUAUCUGACUGCUGGAAAAAUGUUUCCUCUAACGAUGGCUACGUUUUGCAGUUUAAUAAAAACGUCAGUUGGAUAUAUAUCCGUUUUACAUACAAUGAAAAGCUAAGUACAAAGCUGAGAACAAAUUCAAGUCGUUCCCCUUACGGGCCGCCAAGCGGCACGGAGAUUCAACAGCAUGAGCGCUGUCUACACUUUUAUAUCUGUAAUUUGCUUUUAACCUAAAAUAUAAUACAACACUGCACGUUUUUUAGACUAAGAAGAUUUCGCCUGUGUUUUCUUUUGAGACGAUACCUUGUAAUUAACAUAGUUUUUU